UAGUGAACGCAGGGGUCCGGGGAGAGCGGAUAUAGUGAAUGCAGGGUCCGGGGAGACCGGAUAUAGUGAAUGCAGGGUCCGGGGAGACCGGAUAUAGUGAAUGCAGGGUCCGGGGAGACCGGAUAUAGUGAAUGCAGGGUCCGGGGAGACCGGAUAUAGUGAAUGCAUGGUCCGGGGGGAGACCGGAUAUAGUGAAUGCAGGGUCCGGAGAGACCAGAUAUAGUGAAUGCAGGGUCCGGGGAGACCAGAUAUAGUGAAUGUCAGGGUCCGGGGAGACCA